UCUAUACCGGGGAGUUCUGCGAAGCAUCCUCUGAAGAAAGAGGCAUUUUUUUGUUACCCGUCUAAACCUUAAGGGGGCUUUUUAGCUUUGGGUCAGCUUGCAGUUUCUGGAAAACAUCUGAAUCAUUUUAUAACCAAACCCAGCUGCCACGGCACUGUGUGUGUGUGUGUGUAUGUGUGUUCGCCUGCGGAACAAGAAGAGAGGAAGAGCAAAUCUGCUUGCAUCGCUCUCCAAAAGGAAAGAGAGGGAAAAAAAAAGUUUGGACGUCUUUUUCCCUUCUAAGUUUUUUUAGGAAUGAACGCCGAGACGUGCGUUUCAUACUGCGAUAUGACAUCCAUGGAUUCAUAUUAUAGUCCGUCUACACCACAAGGUAGGGAUCACCAGGCAAACCCGUUUAGGACAUUCCAAGCGAGUGACACCAAAUACAGUCCCACUUUCCUGACCAACAAAGGUCAGGCAUACGGGGAAAAGUCGCGGAGCCCAUUCCAACAGGAAUGCCAGUCAUUGGAUGCCACUUCUGGGGAAGGCACCUUUAACAAAUACCACCUCUUCAUGCAGAGAUCCUCUUGCAAAACUCCCCCUGAAGGAAGCAAACAUCACCAAGAGAGCGGACACAACGGAGCGCUCAUUUCUUGCUAUGCCAAAGACGGCACUGGACUGACAGACUCCGAGUUGCCCCCGAAUGCUGAUCCUGCAGGUAUGGAUGGCAGCUACCUCAGCGUGAAGGAGCCUGGAGCCAAGGGCCCUGCCGAUCGGCCAGGACCCGAAUUGACUGGGCCUCUGGACAAGGGCGAGGGUGAGAGCAACAAGGGCAAGAAGAGACGCAACCGGACCACGUUCACCAGCUACCAGCUUGAAGAGCUGGAAAAAGUGUUCCAGAAGACGCACUACCCGGAUGUGUACGCCCGUGAGCAGCUGGCACUCCGUACGGACCUGACUGAGGCUCGUGUGCAGGUGUGGUUCCAGAACCGCCGCGCCAAAUGGAGAAAGAGGGAGCGCUUUGGCCAGAUGCAGCAGGUCCGGACGCACUUCUCCUCGGCUUACGAGCUGCCCCUCCUCACCCGGGCGGAGAACUACGCACAGGUAACCCUGGAGAGCGGAAGAGGCGGAACAGGUGACGGGUCACACACAAGCUACGUAGAUAUCCCCAUCUCUCAGAUCCAGAACCCCUCAUGGAUCGGAGGAAGCAGCGCUGGCUCUCCAGUGCCCGGCUGUGUGGUGCCCUGUGACACCGUAACCUCCUGCAUGACCCCGCACCCCCACGCAUCCGGCGGGGUGUCAGACUUCCUGGGUGUCCCCAGUCCCGGGGGCCACAUGGGACAGACACACAUGGGCAGCCUGUUCGGGGGACCCGGUAUGGGUGCCGGCAUCAAUGGCUAUGACCUCAACAUGGACCCCGACCGCAAGUCGUCCAGCAUCGCUGCACUGCGUAUGAAGGCCAAGGAGCACAGCGCUGCCAUCUCCUGGGCCACAUGAUGAUCCCACGUCAUCAGUUUGCGACCUAUGGUCCACCUGUUACCAUGUCAACCAAUCCAAGACAGAGGAAUCGAGACGAGACAAUACACCCCAAAAUCUAACCGCUACAUCAUGGUGAUAAAUCCUUCACAAUAGCAACAGCCGUUACAGAAGCUACACACAGAAGUGCUGAGAAAAGCUAUGGAGAGGAGACAGGAUGCUGACAGUAAGCGUGGUCUAUUUUUAUAUCCCCGAUUUCAUAGUCCUGCGAGAGAUCAGAGAGGCAUGAUUCAAAUGCUGGCAAACUGACUGUAUGCCCUAAAAUCAGGUG